AUGGCUCCCUCAGCCAUCGACGCGCGGAAGCAAACAGGGCCGCUGGACAAGUCGUAUCCUCCUGCGAGGAUUUUCCCCGUCAAGGAGACGAGAUUUGAGCAAUUCAUCCAGCCUCAGGCCGAUGGGUACAAGAAAGCGCUGGAGCAGCCGGGUAGCGCCGCCAUCGUUAUCGACAAUGGAUCCUCUGCUGUCCGCGCCGGCUGGUCAUUCGAGUCGAAACCCCGGCUCAGCGUGCCGCCCAUCAUGUCCAAAUACCGCGACCGAAAACUCGGCAAGACUUUCUCCUUCGCCGGCGCCGACUGUUAUGCCGACACGACGGCUCGUGGCCACAUCCGUAACGCAUUCGAAGCCGGCGCCGGCAUCGUGAGCAACUGGGAUGUGAUGGAACACGUCCUGGAUUACGUCUUCCUCAAGAUGGGCUUGAACGAAUCUACAGAAGGCGCCGUCAAUGUCCCCAUCGUCAUGACGGAAGCCGUGGCCAACUUGCCAUAUUCUAGAAAAUCCAUGACUGAAAUCAUAUUCGAGUGCUAUGGAGCUCCGUCCCUCGCUUACGGCAUCGACUCUCUUUUCUCCUACCGACAUAACAAGGGAAACACGGGCCUAGUAAUCUCGUCGUCCUUUACCUCCACCCACGUUAUUCCCGUGUACAAUGCGAAAGCCAUGCUUGGUCAGGCAAUCCGACUGAACUGGGGAGGCUACCACGGCGCAGAAUAUCUGCUCAAACUCAUACGCUUGAAGUACCCCGCUUUCUCGGGGAAGCUCAACAUCUCGCAAGCCGAGAACAUGAUUACAGAUCACUGCUACCUGUCGAAAGAUUACGACGAGGAAGUCGCAGGCUACCUGGACUGGACCGGACUGGAGGACAGAGACGUCGUGAUCCAGUACCCGUACACGGAAGAAGUCGUCGUUCAAAAGUCGAAAGAGGAGCUGGCGAGGAUUGCGGAGCGCAAAAAGGAGAGCGGCCGCCGACUGCAGGAACAGGCUGCCAAGAUGCGGCUGGAGAAGCUGAUGAAGAAGGAGCAAGAUCUCGAGUAUUACAAGAACCUCCAGGGCAAGCUCGUGGACGAGACGAAGAAGGAGAUUCGGCGGAAACUCGACAGCCACGACAUCAAGGACGAGGCCCAGCUGGACAAGAUUGUCCGAGAGCUGGAGAAGGCGAUCAAGAAGGCUCGCACCAAGGACGUCGGCGGGGAUCCAGAGGAAGACCAGGAAGCGCCCGUCUUUGACCUGCUGGACGUUCCGGACGACCAGCUCGACGAGGCGCAGCUCAAGAAGAAGCGCCAGCAGCGCCUGAUGAAGUCCAACCACGAGGCCAGGGCGCGGGCCAAGGCCGAGAAGGAGGCCGAGAAGGCGCGCGUCGCCGAGGAGGAGCGGCUCGACCGGGAGCGGCGCGAAACCGACCUCGACAACUGGCUGCAGGAGAAGCGCCGGGCUCGCCUGGAGACGCUGCACAAGAUCAAGGAGCGCGACCGGCUCAAGGCCGACCUCGGGAACCGCAAGUCGCUCGCCUCCCAGAUCCGCAUGAAGAGCAUCGCCAACCUGGCGUCGGACAACCCGACCAAGAAGCGCCGGCGCGGCGGCGACGACGACGACUUUGGCGCCAACGACGACGACUGGGGCGUGUACCGCCAGAUUGCCGUCGGCGAGAACAGCGACGACGAGCACGAGGAGGAAGACCUGGCCGCCAGCCUCAGGACCCUCGAGCGCGAGCUGCUCCAGUACGACCCGGACUUUGACUACGAGCAGACCCAGGAGGCCCAGUCGGACUGGUCCAAGUCGCUGCUGCACGCCUUUGCCCGCGGGCCGCGCCCCUUUGACGCCGCCUCCCAGGCGCAGCUGCACCAGGUGCACCUCAACGUCGAGCGCGUCCGCGUCCCGGAGAUUGUGUUCCGCCCAUCCAUCGCGGGCGUCGACCAGGCCGGCAUCCUGGAGAUUGCGGGCGACAUGGCCAACCAGCGCCUGGCGGGGGUGCCGGACCGCGACGCCUUCCUGCGCGACGUCUUCCUCACGGGCGGCAACACGCUCUUCCGCAACUUUGACCAGCGCGUGCGCGAGGGGCUGACGGCGCUGCUGCCUGCGGGCUCGCCGGUCGGGGUGCGUCGCGCGCGCGACCCCCUGCUGGACGCGUGGAGGGGGGCCGCCGGCUGGGCUGGGACGCCGGCGUGGAAGGCAGCCGCCGUCACCAGAGAGGAGUAUCACGAAAAGGGACCCGAGUACAUCAAGGAGCACGAUAUGGGCAACUCGUAUGCUUGA